UCCUUACACCGGAAUUACCUGCCUCCGUUUCCGGUGUAGGCUUGUCCUUACUAACUUAGCUAUUGCUAAGGAUAGCAUGAAUAAGCCAGUAAAUAAUUGUGAGUAGUACUUUAUUCUAAUCAUAUGGAGUUCAUAUUAUUUACACGUUUUACCUAAAUGUGAAUGCAGAUCCCUCGACUGUGUUUCUAGUUUGCGCUGUGCUCUGCUCAGCUCAUUCUAAAGCCGUAAACUUAAAAAUAAAAACCCAGUUAGCCCGUUAGCUCAGUAAAGGCGGGGGUAGAACAGGUGGAUGUGAGGAGCUCCGGGUGCAUGUCCAUGUUCGUUUUUAGGCUAUAAAAAAAGCUAAAAGCUGAGCUCGUCAUGGCAGCUCGACCGCAUUUCACAGACUCGGACACUGCAGAUGAAGCAGUGAGGGCCACCUGUGACGACGCCAGCACCUGCAAGAGAUUUGCUACCAGUAAAGGUUACUGGAAGGAUCCAUACAUUCAGUACUUUGUCCGGUCUGUGGGAGAGAGAAAGGCUCCAGAAAUCAACAGAGGCUACUACGCCCGAGUGCAGGGUGUGAACCAGCUGCUUGAUGCUUUCAUCAGGAAAACGCAGUGUGACUGUCAGGUCAUCAACCUGGGCGCUGGGCUGGACACCACCUUUUGGAGACUAAAGGAUGAGAAUCUGCUGCCAAAGAAGUUCUUUGAAGUUGACUUUCCUGCGAUUGUGGCCAGAAAAAUACACAACAUCAAGACUAAACCUCCUCUGUCCAAACCCAUUGUCGAAACCCACUCGACAGACUCCCUGCUCUUAGAUUCCCGCAGUCUGGAUUCAGAUCGUUACUGCAUCAUUGCUGCCGAUCUCAGAGACGUUGCCAACUUGGAGUCCAAGCUGAAGAAGUUUCAGCUCAACACUGAGUUACCUACACUCUUCCUGUCAGAGUGUGUUCUGGUCUACAUGACUCCACCUCAGUCGUUCAGCCUACUUCACUGGGCUGCAAAGACGUUCCACACUGCCAUGUUCAUCAAUUAUGAACAGGUCAACAUGAGUGAUCGAUUUGGUCAAGUGAUGAUCGAGAACCUGCAGCGUCGUCAGUGCAGUCUGACUGGAGUGGAGGCCUGUCAGUCCUUAGACUCUCAGAAAGAGCGUUUUCUGAGUACGGGCUGGGAGAACACAGACGCUCUGGAUAUGAUGACCGUCUACAGCGUACUUCCUCAGGACGACGUGAGCAGGAUUGAAGCGCUGGAGUUCCUGGAUGAGAAGGAGCUUUUGCAACAGCUUCUCCAACAUUACAACAUCUGCUGGGCCUCCAAGGACAAACUCAACUUGGGUCUGUCUCAGCUGACAUUCUGAGUCUGGAAUCUUCUCCAGAAAAUAACCUGCAGAUUUGAUCAGAGUGAUGAGUGGAGUGAAGUUCACCAUGAAGGUAAGGAGGAGGCAGAGGCAGCGCCGAGGGAAGGUGACGACACCAUUGUCACCACCACAGCUGUGACAUAAAUCAUGUGAGCUUCAUCAAUCAGUCGGAUUCAGAGUUUCUUUUCUUUUUUUUGACCUGCUCUGCAGUGAGUGGAACUGAUGAAUUUGCGUUUGAGACCUAGACCUGGUCCAGAAUCUUCAUCUGGAUCACAUCUGGAUCCAUUGUCACUUUUACUAAAUGUAUUUAUUUACGAUACUGUGACCACGGAGACUUUUUUGCUUGCUGGUGUUUACGCAUCAUGCAUCGUGAUGGCGUUUGAAAGAAAUGAGCUGAGACUGACCAGAAGAGUUCUGUCACUGUUGACUGAUGAGUCGGUGAAGAACUGUGUUAAAACUAUAAACUGUGUUGGUGCUGGUGAGCAGGUGAAUAAAUGGAAACAUCAGUGUUUUCUCUCGUCA